CCGCCGGCAUAUGACGAUCCAAUCCAUCCCUGGAAUGACAAGUUACCAGCCCACUGGACGUCAUGGAAAGUGGAACCACGGGAAGAAGAAGGACAAGAAAAAUUGCCGCCUUACGAAUGCACAGUUUACAAAAUGGGCUUUGUUAAAUUAAAGCGAGAAUUAAAACGACCGGGCGUUUUAUCGGGGCAUCGAUCAUGGACACAAGUCUAUUUAAAAUUGUGGGGAACCAUGAUUCAAAUUUACAAAAAGGCACCACAAUCGGAUGGUCAUAAACCGUUAUGGUCUUUUUCCAUGGAAAAUAUGCAAAUAACCGUGCCUUCCGACUACAAGAAAUACCGUCAUGUGAUUCGUCUUCAGGUGCCUGACGGACCUCGGUUCCUUGUCCGAACGACCAACGCAACAGAUCAGAACUUAUGGAUAGAACAUCUGCAAGCCUCGGCCAAUGUGAGCUCAGAUAUCGAUAGCCGAUCCAUGCCGCAGUUUAUUACACUGUCACGACAUCGACGA